AUGGCGGUGGAUGGCGUGGCUCCGAGAGCCAAGAUGAAUCAGCAACGGUCGAGACGUUUUAGAAGUGCGCUCGAUGCUGAAAGAGCGAGGCGAAAAGCUAUUGAGUCAGGUGUCGAGCUGCCGAGUAAUGAUCCGUUCGACUCGAACGCUAUUACUCCCGGUACUGAGUUUAUGGCCAAGUUGACUAAACAGCUGAAAUAUUUCAUCAAUAAAAAGGUGUCUGAAGACACGGCUUGGCAGGGCAUUGAGAUCAUUCUCUCUGGUCACGAGGUGCCCGGUGAAGGUGAACACAAGAUCAUGGAGCAUAUUCGAAAUGCCAAGGCUCAAGAGGGCUACCCGUCGAAUGUCCGUCAUUGUUUGUAUGGUUUGGACGCCGAUUUGAUUAUGUUGGGUCUGUUGAGUCACGAACCGCAUUUUGCUCUGUUGAGAGAAGAGGUAACGUUUGGUAGAAGCUCGAAAAAAUCGACCGAGUUGACUGACCAGCGGUUUUUCUUGCUGCAUUUGUCGCUGGUGAGAGAGUAUUUGGAGAUCGAAUUCGACGAUGUGAGAGAUGAUACGGCAUUCCCAUUUGAUUUCGAAAGGGUUUUGGAUGAUUUUAUUCUGAUUAACUUUUUUAUUGGUAAUGAUUUCUUGCCAGAACUGCCCACUUUGCUCAUUAAUGAAGGUGCGUUACCUACUGUUUUGCAAACCUAUAAGCAUGUAUUGAAGACCGCUGACGGGUAUAUUAGUGAUGCCGGUGUUAUUAAUUUUGAACGACUGGGGAUUUGGCUCGAUGAGAUGUCGAAGUUUGAGUACAAGAAGUUUGAAGAUUCGUCAAUUGACGUUGAAUGGUUUAAUGAGGAUUUGCAGACUGUCAGUGUGACUGGUGAGGAGAAAGAAAAGGCAUCUGCAAAGUUGAGUUUGACUGCUAAACAGAAGGAGUUGGUCAGGCUGGUGAAGCCGUUUAUUCUCACUGCUAACAGUACUGGUAAACCCAGUGCAAGUACUGCGACCAGCGCUGAUGCUAGUGCUGCAGUCAGCACCAGUGCUAGUGCUAGUGCUAGUUCUACGAGUUUAAAUGUUCCACCCACACCUGUUUCACCAGCUGUUCCCGAGUUUACUCUUCCUGCUGAUAUUAAUCCAGAUGAUAUCCACUUUUUGCAGCGUGUUGGUGAGAGAACUUAUACGAGGGUUGUUGAAGACAAGGGUCGUUAUUCGUUGGUUCUUGAUGUGGAUGGUUUGCCGGACUCUGAGGACGAGGACGAAGAGACCCACCGUAUUCUCUCUCUUCACAGAGUGUUGAAAAAGUAUGAAAAUGCCGAGGUCAAGAAGGAAGAUGUAGAGGAACACAAAAAAGAAGUAUACUCUGCUAAAUUCGAUCAAUGGAGAAACAAUUAUUACAAAUCCAAGUUUGGGAUUACUCUUAAAGACGAAGACAAGAUCCGUGAUAUGGCUUCCAAUUAUUUGGAGGGUUUGCAAUGGGUAUUGUACUAUUAUUAUAAAGGAUGUGCUUCUUGGGGCUGGUAUUUCAGAUACCACUAUGCUCCUCGUAUCACCGAUAUGAAAAAGGGAUUAAAAAGCAAAUUUGAGUUUGAAAAGGGUAAACCAUUUAGACCGUUUGAGCAGUUGAUGGGUGUGCUUCCUGACCGAAGUAAGAACCUUGUACCUCCUGCUUAUAGACCAUUGAUGAGUGAUGAGUUGUCUCCUAUUAUUGAUUUCUAUCCUCGUGAGUUUGAUCUCGAUAUGAAUGGUAAGAAGAAUGACUGGGAAGCUGUUGUCAAGAUUCCUUUUGUCGAUGAGAAACGUCUGUUAGCUGCUUUGGAGUCGAAAGAGUCUCAAUUGACAGCGGACGAAAAAGCCCGAAACGGCUUUGGAACCAAUAUUCAGUUUGUGUUUAAUCCUCAAACAGAUUAUUUGUAUCCUUCGUCGCUGCCAGGAACCUUUUUGGACAUUCCUCAUUGUCAUUCCAUCGAGGUUAUUCUUGAUCCUCCUACCAACAAUGGUAGACAGUAUGUGAAUGGUCUUUGUGAGGGUGUCAAACUUGGCAAAAAUUCGUUGGCUGGAUUCCCUAGUUUGAAAACUCUUGAAUACGAGACUCGUCUUGAAGCUGCUGGUGUCAAGGUUUUCCAACAACCCAGUAGGAACGAGUCUAUUAUGGUGUAUUUGAAGAAUUCGUAUGCUAAUGAUACUCCUGCCACAGUUGCUGAAAAAUUACUUGGCGAUUCUGUUUAUGUAGGAUGGCCAUAUCUUCGUGAAGCAAAGCUUGUAGCUGUUAGUGACGAGCUUUUCCGAUAUGAAAAAGUCGACGGCCAGGUAUCCAACUACCCUCAUUCUCAGCACACGCUGGGUUCAUGGGGUAAGACUAAUGCUCGUACCAUCGAACAGUACGGUAAUAUGGGUACUAAGAUUGGUAAAGUAUCGAUUGUUGCACAUGUUCAAAAGAUUCAAGGUCUUCGUAGAACCUCGGAUGGUGCUUAUCUCAAGGAGUUUGCCAACGACGAGUCGACUGAAGAGACUUUCCCAAUCCAGACUAUUGUAGAGGAUGUCACCGAACAUGAUCAGAGAUAUGUGGAAAGACCAUCUUUGCCCGUUGAGACUGAGUUUCCUACUGGAUCGCAAGCGAUUUAUCUCGGUCCUCUUGGAUAUGGUAAUCCUGUCACUGUCAACGGUCAUGGUCAUAAUACAGUAGAAGUUCUACUCAAGAAAUUGCAAAGAGGAGAGCCUGGCAUUGGAACCCGAGCUGCUGAUUUCGAAAAGCAAAAUAUCCGCUAUUUGGCUUCGUAUGAAGUAAGCAGAUCAUUGAGUAUCCACCCUCUCUUCCUCAGUAAAAUCACCUCCAAGUAUCUCGUCGAGUAUGAGAACAAAAAGUACGAUUUGGGUCUUAUGCUGAAGAUGGAGGCAAGACGUGAGAAGGUAUUGGGAUAUUCCCGCAAGUCUCAACGAGGAUGGGAGUACUCAUAUGCUGCUGUUAAUCUGAUCAAAGAUUACAGAACAGCAUAUCCAUUUGUUUUGAGCUCACUUCAGGCUCUGACUGGUUCUUCCAUUCCAGAUAUGGGUCGUGUUCUUAAAAUGCCCAAGGAACAGAUCAAACCUUUACUAGAAGAAAUGGUCAAAUGGAUCAAAGUUCACACUAUUGAAAAGCCUGAUUUCACCCGAGUGGCUCUCGAAUCAGAUGCUCUUAGCACCAUUUCCGUCAAGAAAAUUGAGGCCUAUAUUCGAAAAUACUUCCAGCAAGAGGAUCCCGUAAAGGAUGUUUUGAUUAAAGCCACACCACGAGGUGCUUUACUAGCUCCUUCACAGGCAUACCAUCAACUAAGAAACCAGCGAUUCAAUCUUGGAGACCGAGUUGUGUCUGCCUUGAGUCAUGGUAAAGUCAAGCUUUACAGUCGUGGUACCGUUAUCGGCAUCAACAGCAGUACACUAAAAGUCACGCUUGAUGUUUUGUUUGACGACGAUUUCGAUGCGGGUUCGAACUUGGGUGGUAAAUUGGAUAGCAACAGAGGUCUUACUGUUGAAGCUGGAUCGGUUGUCAAUCUCACCAACAGACAACUGUUGUUUGAACCCAAGGGUUCUAAAGCUUCAAAGCAGCAACAACAACAGCAACAGCAGCAAUCCAAGUCAGCUGGAAAACAGGCUGCCAAACCUUCUAAACCAGUUCCUUCUGCUUGGAGCCAGGGUCAGAAACCACUCACUAUUGGCAGCCAGUCUCAACCAAGUCCUGCUACCAAAGGCAAAAAGCCUCCUGUUGCUCCUGUUGCUCCUGCUGCUACUGCUGCUACUGCUCCUGCUGCUGCCAAAGCUGCUGCCACCGCUCAAAAACCAUCUUCCUCUCCAGCUCCCAAGAAGAUUCUUCAAAAACCUCAGCCAACUCCUUCUGCAGCUCCUUCUGCUCCUGCUGCACCUGCUGCUGCUGCCCCUGCUGACUCGGAGAAACAAAUGAGUAAAGACCUCCUCUCACUCAUCCAAAACAGCGCUCCAAAAGCCACUCCCAAAUCCAACAACGAAGUUCUAGAUAACAUCAAAGCCACUUCCAAGAGUCAGAAAAAGUCUCAACUCAAUCUCAUGAACACUCUUGUUGGCCACUAUGGAAGCACUUUACCACCUCCUCCCCCUCAAGGCCAGAUGCCCCCUCCUCCUCCCUUUGGAUUCCCUCCUGUACCACCUCCUGGUGUAUUUGGUGGAAUGCCUCCUGUUCCUCCACCUCAAUUCUACCCUCCUCCUCCUUCUAUGAUCCCACAUCCGUUUGCUGGACACGGCCCAAUUCCUGGUCAACCUGCUCCUUCUCAGGAUCCUAACGGAAACGUUCCUCAACCAGCCACUUUCGACGAGCAAGCCUCGGCCGACCUCAUGUCGACCCUGUCAAUUGGCUCUAAACCAAACGGUUCUAACUCCACUCGAGGUGGAAGGGGUCGUGGCGGUCGUGGUGGCCGUGGUGGCCGUGGAUCCAGGGGUCGUGGUGCUAAGUCGUCAGCUUAA